GGAAAAUUUGCAACUUAUCGCAGGAGGGAGUUGAGUUUUGUUUGUGCGACAGUUCCCACGCGUCCCUCCGACAGUCCCAGCCCUCGCCCUCCGCCCUCGUCCUCCGCCAGCCGAGUUCCGAUACGCACUCCCUCAGUGACGGCCGCGCGAUACGCACGCGACUCCCCACACGCGACGGUUCCAUCAACAUCUCGUGUCUGAAUCUUCAGCAUGGUACUCACCGACUUCCUCACGGAGACCAGGAGGAAGUGGCUGCAGGCCUUCAAGCUAUUCAAGAGAAGUAAGAACAGAAGCAGCACUCGCAACCGCGUCUCUCCUCUGGUUCGGUCGCCGUCUUACAACGGCACCGUGGACGCCAGACCGGAGAUCGACAUACAGAGGUUCUGCCCCUGCAGGACCUCCCUGCCACCUCUACACCUGCACCAGGCCUACGAGAACACCUACAGCAGUUACAACAGCUACGGGUCGGGAAACGAGAGCCUCCAGAGCUACGGAAACGAAUCGAUGAACGACUCCGCGUACGACUCCACGAGGAGCAGCCCGGCGCACCGACCGGUGUGUUACGCUACAGUCACGUACUUCAACGUCAACGACAGCGAAGACAGCAGUAGCAUACACACGGAGUACACGUUGCUGGACCCCGAGCUCGACCCGGACCACGACCUGGACCAAGACCUGGAGCUGGACGGCAACGAGCAGAGGCAGAACAUCAUCAACGAGAGCCUCGAACUCGUUAGCACGUUAUAGAUAGACUGUCACACGGCCGAGGACUGGCAGUGUCAGUGUCAGUCAGUCAGCAUUUACUAACACUUAGAAUAUAAAUGUGAGGCGUUCAGUUUGUAACAUAUAUUAUCUCCAGUGUGUACAUAUAUUAUAUCGUGGAGACCGCGCGAGAUACCGCGACCCGAGUCUUAUCAGCAGUCAAGGAGUCUCUUGAAGGAUUCUGCGUUUGUUCUUGUUUUGUGAUUCUUUUAUGCGAAGAGCUCGUAUCCUUGAGGCUGCGAGGAGUUCGCGACCUCAUAGAUAACGACUGAUAACGGCCACGGAUUACGGAACAUUUAAAAUUCAAAUAGCUCUUAAGAUCAUUAAGAUAUUACUAAAUUAUUACAUUUAUAUAACAGAGAGGAUUUAUCAUUUUUAUUAUAGAAAUUUAUAUAACUCAUCUACACACACAUUUUAAGAUUUUCUUUUCUCAAACGAUGUUAUUCUUAAAAAUAAUAAAACUGAAUGUGUUUUUAACUUUUUCUAAGAGUAUUACAGAACCGCAGUUUUAUAGAAUGAACAUAUAUUUACUAUUUAAUAGGGAAUCGAUUGGUUCAGUAUAUUAUUUUAAUUUAUAUUAUUAGUGAGUAAUGUUGUAUGCUGUACAUAUCUCUUAUAACCAAAGUUAUUGUGAUACUAUAACGUCAGAUAUAGUUCGUUGAUCUCAAAUAUAAAACAUAGGUUUAUAAUAGUUUGUAAGAUUUUCGUUUUAAUAAAUAUAAUUAUAAUGUGACAAA